AUGGCGUCUAUCUCACCAAUCUACCAAGCUAUCGGCUCUAUCGGGGAAUCGCAGUUCGAGCUCCAGUCCAAAUCUAUCCCCGGACUGACUCUUCGCAUCCCAACAAGCGAGACUAUAGGCGAUGUUGUAGAUAUUCUUGCAAACAAAGCCAAUUCCGAACUUGACAGAUCCAUCUCCGAUGCCACGACUGAAGAACUCCAAUCAAUUGCUCGACAUUGGACAACGGUAGAUAGCCCGUUGAGUCAUGUCAACUUCCUCGUCCGGCAGGGUGACAAGCCGCUGGGAAUUGCGGGCCUAGGCUGGAUUGGUCCUGCCAACGAUGAGGAUGAAAAACAAUCAGAGAGAGCCGGCGCUGCAGGUGUGAUGAUCCAACCCUUUGCGCGAGGGAAGGGAUACGCAUACGAAGCUCUGCGGAUGGUAUUUGCUUAUGGAUUACGCGAGCUGGGUUUGACAGAGGUUUGGGUGGGCACUCACUCGAAAAAUGUUCCCAUGAGAAAGUUGAUGGAGAACAAGUUUGGCCUGCUGCCGGAAGUCAGUACGGAUGGUUUAGAUAAGUUUGGGAACGACCUGCAGUGGACUCUCAAGAAGGAUUGGCUACAACCAAACGUCUAG